GGCGCCGCGGGAGAACCAUGGGGGCGCUGUGCUGCAGCCUCUUGGUUCCCGUUACCUGUUCGAGCCCUGCAUUCAGGGGUCCGUCCCUUGCCGCCCCGGUACCCUUACGUCUCUCAGACCCCGACUUUUGCUCUGAGAGGCCCUGACAGGGCGCCGAGAGGGGGGUAGUGUCGUGUGCUACCGCCCCUCUCCCCCGAGGGCAGUGUCCUGUGCUAAAGAAAGUGAGCUGUUACAGAGGCGGUGCAAACCCUGAGCAUCAAGAGUGGCACCUCCAAGCUCCUUCCCUGGGAACUACACUCAGCAUCUCAGCAUUAAGCCGCCAUAGCUUUGAGCAUCUGUGCUUUAUCUUGAUUUAUUUUGUGCAUCUAUUAACAAGAUGUGUCCUAAGGUACUGAUUAGGAUGAAUGUGAUUUGGAGAAAUUAUUUUUCUUGUCUAAGGAUAAGAAAGGUGCCUCACAGAUGCCAAAGUAGUUAUCACCCAGUGGCCCCUCUGGGAUCAAGGAUUUUAACUGAUCCAGCCAAAGUUUUUGAACACAACAUGUGGGAUCACAUGCAGUGGUCAAAAGAAGAAGAAGAAGCAGCCAGAAAAAAAGUAGAGGAAAACUCAGCUGUGCGAGUCCUUCUGGAAGAACAAGUGAAGUAUGAGAGUGAAGCUAGUAAAUAUUGGGACACAUUUUAUAAGAUUCAUAAGAAUAAGUUUUUCAAAGAUCGUAAUUGGCUGUUGAGGGAAUUUCCUGAAAUUCUUCCAGUUGGUCAAAAAACUGAAGAGAAGGUAAAAGAAUUAUCGUGGAAUCAUGUAAAAGUUCAUGCUGCAAAUUGUUUCUCAAGAAUGCACUGCCCUACUAUGCCUGAAGAAAAAGAUCAUUAUAGAGAAAGUUCUGGCUCAUCAGAUGGUCAAAACAAAGCAGGAUCUGAUUUUUCCAACCUAGACUCCAAAGAACACAGAAAAGGACCUCUGAAGACUGAAUUGUUUCCUGGUAGCAACGCCACUUUCAGAAUCCUAGAGGUUGGCUGUGGUGCUGGGAAUAGUGUUUUUCCAAUUCUGAACACUUUGCAGAAUGCUCCAGAGUUCUUUCUUUAUUGUUGUGAUUUUGCUUCUGGAGCUGUGGAGCUGGUAAAGUCGCACGCGUCAUACAGAGCAGCCCAGUGCUGUGCCUUUGUUCAUGACGUUUGUGACGAUGGCCUACCCUACCCUUUUCCAGAUGGGAUCCUGGAUGUCAUUCUCCUCGUCUUUGUGCUCUCUUCCAUUCAUCCUGACAGGAUGCAAGGUGUUGUAAACCGACUGUCCAAGUUACUGAAACCUGGGGGGAUGCUGUUAUUUCGGGACUAUGGAAGAUAUGAUAAGACUCAGCUUCGUUUUAAAAGGGGGCAUUGUUUAUCUGAAAACUUUUAUGUUCGAGGAGAUGGUACCAGAGCAUAUUUCUUUACAAAAGGGGAAGUCCACGAUAUGUUCUGCAAGGCUGGGUUAAAUGAGAAGCAAAAUCUGGUCGAUCGUCGCUUACAAGUUAAUAGGAAAAAAAAAGUGAAAAUGCACCGAGUGUGGGUUCAAGGAAAAUUCCAGAAACCAUUACCCUUCACUUAAAAAAGCUCCAAAUUGCUAAGUCACUUCACCU